UAUGGAAUUAAACUCCAAUCAUCAAACCAACGCCAAGAUCAUCCAUCGUAACUUCAUCAAAAGAAUAUUACGAUUUUAUGUCCCUAUGGGCAAUUUAUAACAAUAAACUCCUUACGCUAGUAUGCUUCAAGCAAAAAGACUAGCUUUUCACACGACGGUAACCAACAGCUGCGAAGCAAGUAAUUCAAACUGCCGGCAUGGCAGACGACCACAACUUGGCAUUUCAAAUCCCCCAUGAAGUCUACGAAAUUCCUCUUCGACUAGUCACAUUUCCUUUUAUGCUCCCCGAUCAUGUACCUAAUUUUUCCGAACAGGGAUGGUCAACCUUAGCUUUUUCGUCCACGGAGUCUAUUCACGUUUCAUCUCAAAAGCUGCUUCAAGCCAGUAGAUCUUUCUUUGAUCUUCCACCUGAGUAUAAGUCUCAGUUUCUUACCGGAAAGGGUACUGAAGAAGGAUGGAAUCGUGUCGAAGGGGAGAAGGAAUUCAUCACUCUGCGUGAAGCUAGUACAACACCCCCGGAAUUACUGGAUGCAGCGAAAGAGUUCUGGGAAAUUACUGGGGAUGUCUUGAAUAAGAUAUUGGGAGAAAUCGCUAGUAGUUUGGGGAUGAAAAAUGAGUUAUUGGUGAAGUUUUCUGAGCCAUGUAGUAAACUUCAGGAUAAGAGAACGGCGACUAUGAUUAGGUUAUUCAGGUAUGAGGGUGAUGGGAUAGAGGGGAAAGUGGUUUCUGAACGUAUGUUAUCAUGUUCUGUUUGAAACAAAAAUUUAAGAAAAUACUAAUUUUACCAGCACACCGAGAUCUUGGUCUCUUGAGUCUGUCAAUUAGUGACGCUCCGGGUCUCGAGGUUUUGGACGUGCAAAACAAAAGAUCGUUCCCUAUUGAAAAAUCGUAUGUGGGAAUAUCUGCCGGAACUUUACUUGUAGGGAGGGAGUUAGAGUUCCUGAGUAAUGGCAGAUACCAUGCUGCUGGACACUCGGUACGUAUAUAUCCAAAAACUGUUACGAGAAAUGAUCCAGCUGGGAAGGAGAAGGAAAAUAAACAGGAGACGAAGCUCGAAAAAUACUACAGGUACUCGAUAGUUUUUGUGUUGCGAGGUCAUGAGGACUUGGGGAUUGAUACGGAUGAAUUGAGAACACCGAUUACAGGACGAUGGAAGAAACCGAUGAAGGGGUUGAAUAUGGAGAUUCUAUAUAGGCACUUCCUGAGUAAGCAUGUCAAUAUCAAUUCGGAGAUGGAGGACAGGCAAGAGCAGAGAAGGAAGUUACAUGAGAAAUUAAAAGGGAGAAAGGGAGAGUAAAAUGAUGGUCAUGAUAUGAGGAAUGAAGGCAUGGCUCGAUCUAAAGCGACGAAUAGGAGAUAGUCGAAGGUUAACUUCAAUAGUUAAGCCUGCUGGCAUAGCGCUGAAUUAUUGGAACAUUAGACGUUGCACCUGAGAUGACCCGGCAUACCAUAGCAAGUCUACAGCUGACACAACCCUGU